UCCGCUGGAGAACUCCCGGCCCUACCAAAAUGGCGCCCGCGCCGAGCAUGCGCGAAAGGGCAGCCACCGCUCCUCAGGAGGGGCCGCAGGAGUGCGGCCGGAGCGGCACCGGGGCGGCGGCGGGGCUGGGGGGGCCGUGGCUGGACGCUGCUGGUGGGGCGGCUGCGGCGUGUGGGCUGUGGGCCGCCUCCUUCCCGCUGACCCCGAAGGAAGGAUGCGCUGCCACCUGUGGAGGCGCAGGGGUUCGCCCCGCCGGCCGCCCACCCGCCCGUCCCGGGAGACACCUGCCCGAGCCGCUCGCCCCGUCACGGGCCGGGCGGGCCCGUGGCGAGAGCGUGCGGAGGCACCCCUCAGGCAGAGCCCCGCCGCGGGCGGGCCCCGGGGCACAGCUGAGGCCGUUGUGUCGUCAUGGCUCCCGGCCGGCCCUGUACCGGCAGCGGGCUGAGCCCUGAGGCGCCGGGCCGGCGAACGGUGAAGGAGCGCCCUUGGCAAGGCUGGGCCGGCUCCGCAGUAGCGGGAGAAGUGUCUGAGGUGUCGCUGAGGACACAGCUGGCUCACGGAGCAGCUGAAAGGUACAAAAGGGAGUU